AUGAAUGCCAUCUCUGCACUCCUCGCCAUUGGUGAAGAGGUCACCGAUGCCGAAGAAGAGUCCUUUUUACUUUUCAGCCAAGAGAUCACUGCGGGAAAUCUCGGAUUCCUAGACUCGCGUGCAGCUGCAGUCGAAGUCUCAAUACAUGAUCGUGAAUAUACCAUUCAUCAAUCUCCCACUUUGCUCUCCUCGUCACGAGCUGGAGGCACGACGGGCGCCGUCCUGUGGAAAAUCACUCCCUACUUUGCAGAAUGGAUCUCCUCGCCAACAAACCCGCUCUGGACAAAUUCAGUCCUAACUCCAGAGUCCAUCGUCGCGGAACUAGGGUGCGGUAUCUCCGCCCUCGUUCCCCUAUCUCUAGCCCCAUCAAUACAGCACUACAUCGCCACGGACCAAGAGUACGUGCGCCGAUUCUUCCGCACAAAUCUUGACGAGAAUGCUUCUGUCAAAUCUGGUCCAUCAAAGCAAAAGAUUGGAAAAUCCAAAGGGAGCGGUGGUGGAAGUAAAAAGAAGCAUACAUCCUCCAAAGCGAUAUCUCCCGCUGCAACUGCGACAAAUAUCACGUUUACGACACUAGACUGGGAGCUCGAUCAACCCGCUUUAUUAAAGGAUUGUAUUGAUUCUCCAAACACCAUCGAUGGCGAUGAGGAUAGGGGCUUCGACCUCCUCCUCUCUUGUGAUUGCAUCUAUAAUGAAGCGCUGGUUUCACCUUUCGUGCGGACUUGUGCGGAGAUCUGUCGCUUACGACCAGUCUAUGAGCCUUUGGCUACAAGCGAUGACAAGUCGGCGAGGCGGCCGACGGUUUGUAUUGUUGCGCAACAGCAGCGGGCGCCCGAGGUGUUUGAGAUCUGGCUGAGGGAGACGUUGAGGGAGUUUCGGGUUUGGAGAGUUAGUGAUGAGGUGCUUGUCAGUGGGUUGAGGGGUGGAUCGGGGUAUUUGGUACAUUUGCUUUUGGCUAGGGAGCAGUAA